CUCGAUAUGGUCGAAAUAUUCAGGGGGAGCAGACAAAAGAUGGUGGAACGUGCCAUCAUGCCCGUGAAGGAAGGAGGCAGGUGAUAGGAGAACGAACGCCUUCACGUAAAUUCAGAAGAAACGCAUCCCCUUACGUCUCCACACAACAUAAGUUGUUACAGAAACGCAGAAACCGACGCCUGCGUACGUUUAUCUUCAACCAAAUGAACGGAAAGAAAAGAUAAGAAGUUCCCAAGGAUGAGGAGCGAUGGAGAAAAAGAGAAAGGAGAGCGAAUAGAUUUUAGUGUAUGCCGAUGGUCUGUCGUGACACGUAUGCUUAGAGGAGAUUGUUUCAAGAGCACUGUAAUAAGCUAGGAGACAGGUCGAUAUUGGUUGCUGAUGCAUAGUCCAAUGCAGAGGUCCCUGCCAUAUUGAGUCCGUCAACCAAGGUGGACGGAGCAGAGGAGAUUGUGGUCAUCAGUAGUCUCCACUGCAGAGGAAGGAAAGACUCGUUGACGCGAAAUGUCAGGGAGUUCUUCAACAGCUGCUAAUCUUGUGAGAACUGUGAAGGUGAAGGCAGAGAAGAAGGUGUACAGUUUACCUGGGCAGAAAUAUGCUGUACCGGAAGAGAGGGAGCCAUUGAGGAUCUUCUAUGAAUCGCUGUCGAAGCAGAAACCGGAGAGUGAAAUGGCAGAAUUUUGGCUGAUGGAACAUGGGAUGAUGUCACCUGAAAGAGCAAAAAAAGCAUAUGAGAAGAAGCAGAAAAGGCAGAAACAUCAGAGAAUGGGAACUCCAAUCAAAGCAGAAAUAUCCAAGGAAACCUCAGAAAGCUCUAGAAAAUCUUCGAAUGCAAAAAAUGAUCAGAGGACCAAGAAAAGAAGCUUGGAGUAUGAAGAUAGUGAUGACGACGACCUCAUAAUGAAGCCCAGCAAAGCAAAACAAAAGUGAGAAUGCUUUGAGCUAGUGCCGCACCAUUUGAGGAGAAGACAUUCAAGAGCGUUUAAACGUUAAAGAUGUCGGAGGAAACUUUUCCCAUCAGGUAAAUUUUGCAUCGAUGAAAACUAAUCACUGAGCUAACAUUAUUUCGAAGUAUUUUGACAGGAAAAAAAGAUAUUUUGUUACAUAAAAAGGCACAAAGUCUCAGUUCGAUGGGCACUAUUAGGCACUAUUCCGCACGCGACAAAAAGUGAAAAUUAAUGUUCGCAAUGAAAUCCAACUUGGACAAACUUGACCUCACGCUUCACAAUU